GAAGAGCCAGCAUGGCGCUGGCUGUGUGUCGGUCGGACUCCCUGCGCGGCGGGUUCGGGAGCUAGCGGCGGGUUUAUCUACCAGAGCAGCGGCCGGGACCGGACCGGACCGGGACGGGGGUUAUUUCACCGCGGAGACCCCCACCAUGGACGACGGUCUCCUCCAGAGAGACACUGGCCGAGCCCGGAGGAGUCUGGCUGCUCCGGAGCUAAGAGCUAACGCUAGCCUGCAAGAUGGCGAGAUCAUCGAUCUAACGAGUUCCCCGAUGAGGAGCAGGGGCUCGUUGGGCUCGGGGCCGGGGAUGCACCAGAGACACAUGCCCAUGGAGCCCAACAAGUUCCACAUCCCCAGGAAAACCAAGGAGAAGAAAUCUCUUUUCCAGUACGUCUCCACUGAGUCCAGAGAGUUUGAAGACAUGAAAACCAUCCUGGCCUCCAGCUACGUUGACACCAGUUCUGCUGGAUGCUUCACAUACUCCAGUCCUCGGCUCGUCCACAGCGAGCUCCUUGAGAAAGAGUUUGUUGAAAAGAGGAGGGAGAUGAAGGGAGACGGGAGAACGGACAAGGAGCUGGAGGAGAGCUACUGUUUCCUGUUAACUAAUGCCGAGGAGCUGCCCCCCCUCUGUGAGAAAGGCCUGACUUUGGGUCACAACAGGAUCACGUUGCUGGGAAACCCCAGUAAAGGUGUGUAUCUGUCCAGGUACUCCGAUCUGCUGCACUUUAACCUCCUCACUCCCGGAACCACAGGCGAGAUCAUCAUCUUCAAAGUUAUGAAGGGAAAAGUGAAGAGCAUUUAUGAAAACAUGAAGAACCUCCUCGACCCGACGCCGCGGUUCGACAGCCACAUUGCCAAGAACGCCAGUAAAGUUACCUCACUUAACUGCUACCGCGCUUUUGAACUCACACAGCACUACUUUUACGAGUACGCGUUUGACGAGCUGCGGCAGCGGCCUCGCCACGUCUGUCCGUACGCCGUCGUCACCUUCCACACCAAAGGGAAAGACGCUCCACAUCCCACUAAACCUCUCGCACCCCUCAGCAGGUUGAACAAUCAGUCAGCAGAAGGAAACACAGAGUGUUCUCAGUUUACAGUUUGGACCGGAGAUCUAGUGAAAGAUAACAAGGUUCUUUACCGGAUCUCCCUUCAGUCCAGCUCUCCUCCGUUUCUGCCACACAGGCUCCCAGAGAAGUUAGACAUUGGGUAUCUGAUGAGGAUUGAUCAAGUGACCAAACUCCUCCCCUCCGAGUUGUUCUCCUACAACCUCUACAGCAGCAGCCAGGAAGUCGUGACUCUUGGUCAUUACUGCAGUCUUCUGGAGGUGAUCUGCAGAAAUCGGUCUACCAGUGUGACGACGCUGCUUCAGGAGCUGGAGGUCAAGAGAGUGGUUCUGGUAACUGCACUUACAGACAGAGGCUUUAUCUUCCUGCUGUCGAGCGUUCAGAUGGCCACACCUGCCGAGAGGGGAAAGACGUGGAAGAGGUGUCUUCAUGCCCUGUUUGUUUUCCCUGAGACCAGAGAUGUGUCCAAGUCCAUCUCACGGUGUAACUCCCUUUCCCAUGAGUCAUUGCGGCCUGAAGUGUCAGUGAUGCAGAGGCUGAGCAGCUUUGUCCCAGCGCUGCACCACGCUCUGGUCAAAGCCAGAGCCAACCCUCCCCCCAACCUCUCUGCUGGCGUGGAGCUGCAGACACGGGAAUAUCUCAGUGGCCUGAAAGAUGGCAACGUGCGACAGUACCCCAUGACUGAGUACGACUCCAAACCCGACGAGCAAGGAAAACAGUUUGUUCCUCCCAAACACCACCAGGUGAACAUGGAGAGCUACCUGCACUCCUACCUCUCCAAUCCAGCCCAGUACCUGCUGUCGCUGGCCCGGGCCAAGCAGGUGGUGGAACCCUACUGCCUCCCCGAGCAGCCGCCGGGCACCGACCCCCGGAUCAGCACCGACCCCCGGAACAGCACCGACCCGCGGAACAGCACCGACCCCCGGAACAGCACCGAAGGCCAUAAAGAGCGGACGGUGAAGGAGGCAGCAGUCAACAACACGGCCGGGCAGACCAGCGACCGAAAGAGGAAGAUGGAGCAGGAAACUGCAGAGAAGGCACUUAAAUACGUCAAGGCAUCACAGCAACCAGGAAGGCACAGCAAGCUCCCAGCUGCAGGCCUCGUCCAGGCUAAUCAGAGCCAGAGUGGAGCACAAGAGGAGGGAGCAGCGGAGAUGAGCCCAUUUGGGAGGCUGGCCCUGAAGAUGGGCCUCCCGACUAACUGUGACAUCGACCUGAGGAAGCAGGAGGAGUUAGAGGAUCAGACUGCUGGGAGUGUUAGUAGUUUGGAGGGAUUCAGUCCCAGUUCACAUGGCGGGGAAACAAAUCACCCCCGAGCCUCGAGCAAAGGAGGAGGACUGGGGAGGAAAGCAGGAGCUAAUGAAGCAGAGGAGGAAGAGUGGGACAUCCCCUGGAUCCUCAUUCCCAUCACAGGUCUGACAUCGGAGCGGUACGCUCAGAGGAACCGGGACGUCCCUCAGGACCCUCGUUUCCAGCACCUCGGCAAGCCGGCGGCCGUCACCACGGCAACCAAACCUCCCAGCUCGCCCCGGGAGCCCAGCCCGUCUCCCUCCCCCGACGUCGGCCUCCCCCCGUCCCCUGCUCAGUGUCCGUCCCCCGACCCCAGCCCGCCUAAUUCCCCCUCCCAGUGCCCGUCCCCCGACCCCAGCCCGCCCAACUCCCCCUCCCAGUGCCCGUCCCCGGAGCCCAGCCCCCCCCCACGGCCCUCCCAGUGCCCGUCCCCGGAGCCCAGUCCUCCCGCUUCUCCUGCCCGGGCCCCGUCACCCAAGAGCAGCCCCCCCCCACCGUCUUCCAGGUGCCUGGAUCUUAAUGAGCUCAACCCCCUGAACCACAGCGGUGCUAACGAGCAGCAGUUCGCCCCCGCGGCCCUCCGGGAGUUUCCAGGAGAUCCCAGGAAGGAAGUGAAGAAGGAAGAGCCUCAUGGCUCUACGUACAUGCAGACAUCUCAUCCUCCGGUUCCAGGGUGGAGGAUUCAGCCCCCAACAUCCCUGACGGGGGCAGUAACCCCCCCCACCCCCGUGAAGGUGGAGCGGGCAGAGCCGGGACCUUCAGAGCCGGAGACGGAAGCGUGGCCCAUUGAGAGAGUUCAGAACCGGUGGGAGGAGGACGAGACGGAGCCGGGGGAUCUGGUGAUCGAGCUGGCCAGUGAAAAAACACUGAAAACAGAGGUGGAGGAACCGGACGCCGGCUCUGCAUUUUCCUCCACCGUUUCCUCCACCGUCCCCGCUCCUCCCAGAAACAUCGACAGCAUCGUGGACCAACAUCUGGGAAACUUUACCUCGGAGUUGCAGCUCCUCCUGCAGGAGAGGAGUGUCCACUGCAGCCUGUCGCAGCCGCCGCCGCUGUCCUCCACGUCAAACACGUCUCAACACGCACUCCCGUACAACCCGGUGUCCCAGUUCUCCCAGUACGUGUCUUUUUACAACCCCUGCCCCCCGGUGCAGGACUACGUGACUUCACUACAAAGCAGCAUUGACUGCAUACUGUCGGAGAACCACGGCUGGCCGGGCCCGAAGGCCGACGCCGGUCCGACUAAUACCGAAGCCAUGCUGGCCAACACGGUCAGCGACUUCGUGGCCAGCGUCCGAGCCGCUAACGCCGUGACGGAGAGAGACGACGAGGUCUCGGCUCCGUGCGACGAACGGACAGCAGCGCCUCAGGGCUCAGAUCUCUCCGCAGGAGACGGGGCGUGGAGGUCGGAGGCCAAGUGGAGGAGUUCCCCGACUCGCCACGUUGCCUUAUCCGACCCCGCCAACCCGCUGGAGAUCAGCAGGACGGUCACUCAAAGCGUCCGGCAGACGCACGACAACGACACUCCAAGGACUGUUGUCUGCAGCCGCGCUGUCCUAGAAGACGACGGUCCGAACUGCACCGUGACGGUCGCCGGCUUCAGCGCCGUCUCUCAACCGCCGGGAGACGAUCCCCGCACUUUUGAUCCGGCCUCCGGCUCGGCCUCCGACCUGUUCCCCGAGGCCUGUCCGUCGGCGACCGACCUGAACUCUGUGAUCAACCAGCUGGAGCCGGCGGUGCUCAACAACCUGGUGGAGAUCAUGAAGGACAUCAAGAAGAAGUCCCCGCAGUUCUACGUCCACUGCUCGGAGCCGGGAGACCCCGUCUACGAAGACGUCAAGGAACACUUGCUGACGCUGGGGAACGUGCAGCAGAGCCCGGUCGACUUCUUAAACCAGGAGAACUCUGACAGCGGCCUCCUGGUCAUCAUCAAGAACAAAGACAUAGCCGGACACAUACACAAGAUCCCAGGCCUCAUGUCUCUGAAGCGACACUCCUCCGUGGUGUUUGUGGGAAUCGAUACACUGGACGACAUAAAAAACAACAGCUGCAUCGAGCUUUUCGUGUCCGGCGGCUGCGUGGUGUCGGACGAGUUGGUUCUCAAUCCAGACGUCAUCAGUCACGAUCGACUGGCAACGUUGCUGAGGUUCCUGGAGCAGCACAGUUCUCCGGAGAGCCUGUGGAGGUGGAAGAUUCACUGCAAAACCCAUAAAAAGCUCAAAGAACAAGCCAGGUUCCGGAGAGACGCCGCGAGCAUGCUGGACGUGUUGUCGACAUAUCAGAAGCGGCAGCUCGUGGAGUUCCUCCCGUACCACCACUGUGACACCAACCCGCAGUCUCCCGACCGCAGCUGCCUCGUAGAACAUCAGGCUCGAUACACACAGUUCAGACACACGGUCUUUCUCACUGAGCAUCACCUCGACAAGUUCUACUCCAACGAGGGCAUCAUCGUGGCCGGUAUUGACGAAAUCUUGCACAACUUCGCCAGACUGGUCGGUUGCCACAACAUCAAGGACAAGCAGCUGAUGGUGGAGGACCUGCUGUCUCCCAAAGAUCCGCUCCAGUCCGUCUCCUCGAGCAGUCGAGCCCAGCAGCUCCCUCCGUCGCCCGGCUCCGUCUUCCCAUCCGACCCGCUCGAGUCCGACCCGCUCGUCCCGGACGCUUUCUGCAAGGACCGGGUGACGAUGGGCCGACACAUGGAGAUGCUGCAGGAGGCCCUGCGGCAGCUGCGGGCCGAGCACCGGGAGCAUCUGCAGAAGCUGCAGCAGCAGCAGCAGCAGCAGGAAACUAAAUCACGGGUCGGGCCGGCCGACGGGGGCGACGAGGGGCGGGGAACCCCCGCCAGGAAAGUGGUGGAGAGGACUCACUCUGUUCCACAGCCAGAACGCACCAGAGCGUACGUCGCUGGGAGGAGAGAGGAGCGAUGGCCGGCGUCCACCGACCCGCGGCAGCGAGGACGGACUCCAGAAGGCGGCGAGUCCGGAGAUCAGAGGGGAAACACUCCAACGAGAAACGACAAAGCAGAUGCGGCAACGGGACCGAGCAAACGCGCGGAGCCGGCCGACAACGGGAGGAAAGAAAGCACGGAUCAGGAACCCGGCGUCUGCAGAGCGGCCGAGUAUGACGGGUCCAGGCCGGGUUCGGGAGAAGACGACGGGUCACGAAAAGCACAGUCGCGUCUGGACGAUCAGCCCGUCUCCACAGAAGGAGCUCCAGCGAGUAGCAGCUCAGCCGGGACGGGGACUCCCCCCGUGACGGACCCGGGCCCCGGCCCGAGCCCUCAGCCCGGCCAGCAGCAGCAGCAGCAGCAGCAGCAGCAGCAGCAGCGGAGGAGUUUCCCCCAGCAGCCGCCUCCGUACGGCCAGCAGCCGCGGCGGAGCCUGGGCCUCCUGCAGACGCCGCUGGCCCCGUUCCACGGCCAGUCGUACCCCCACGGCCCGCUCCUGGGGGGGGUGAGGGGGAUCCUGGGGCCCGGGCACCUCUGGCCGGCGGGCCUGGCCUCCACGGGCUCCCCGCUGGUCUGGGGCUUCCAGCAGACCGGCGUGGACCUGCUGGGCCGGUACUACAGCCCUGCAGGCCCGGGACACGUGUACCGGGGGGGACGGCGGGGCGGCGGCUUCAACGGGAUGUAGACGAGCAGCUUCACUUGUUAAAGGAAGAGAAUCCAAACGCACCGUCUUUUAUCUACGGAGCCCCUCAAGGGACACGGAUUUAUUUUAAUAUAUGUAAUGA